AUGGAGCUGCCCAAUGGAACUGCGACUCAAUCACAGGCCAUCGCGCAGUACCUUCGUUCCGCCCGUCUGACGACGCUGUUGAAACUCACCCGUUCACCACAUGCCUCAAUAAGCUCUCCGCUCAAUGUGAGCUUGUCCGACUUGGGGAGUCCGACAGGUUAUCCUGUCGUGGUAUUCCUGGGGCUUGGAAGUGUACGAUACGUUAUGGGCCUCUAUGACGAGAUGGCAGAAUGCCUGGGACUCAGGAUCAUCACGAUCGAUAGAUGGGGCCUUGGUCGAACCGACGCCCCCAAGUCAAAAUCCGCGCGGGGAAUCCCCGAGUGGGCGUCGGCAGUAGAAGAGGUUCUCGAUCUUUUGAACAUCGAUCACUGUAGCGUCAUGGCACACUCAGCCGGAGCACCGUACGCGCUUUCGUUUGCGAGCAAAUUCCCCGAACGUAUACGUGGAGACGUCCUUCUGCUCGCACCUUGGGUGGGAGGCUCUGAUUCAGCUGGCUACAAGUGGCUGAAGUACGUGCCCGCUGGCCUCCUCAAAACGGCUCAGGCCGCAGAGUGGAAGAUACAAGCGUGGAUGCUGGGAAAACCUCCCACUAUUCAGUACAAAGGCAUCGGUUAUGACGCGUCCUCCGCGGCGCAGCCGCAUCGCAGUCGUAACCCGUGGACGCGUCACAAGUCCGAUGCCAGGCCCUCAACGAGUUCUGGCUUUCCGAGCGGCAUGCAUAGCGUCGACGCGCUGCCACGGCCUAGCACCGCUUCUAGCGCGUUCAGCGAGUACGAUGACCUUCGGGACUUCGACGGCCGAUUUGACAGUCGUAGCACGCUCGGCCCGCAGGGUGACCGAUCCGCGAAGCGCGCGUCCAGCGAGGAUCAGGCGAUGCCCAAGAGGAAGAAUUCGAGAGGCUUUCUUGGGCGAUUGAAGGGUGCACAAACGACGCCGCAGACUCCGCCCUGCGACAAGUCACCAUCGGGGGGCCCUGGACGCACACUCAAGGCGCUGCGGUCGAUGGGCUCGCUCAAGGGCAAGUCGUCUUCGGGAUCCAGUCAUCGCAAAAUGAGCGCUCCGCCGUCUGCGAUGCCGCACUCGCUCAAGCUGGACGUGGGCCUCGGCUUCGACGCGAUCGACUGGUCGCCCACCGCCCACUCGUCGGCGAACUCGAGCGCAAGCGGGACGCCGGACGGGCAGGAGCGCUUCAAGUUGGACGAGCACCUGCAGAGCAACGGGCACAAUCGACGCGCGGGCGGGCGGCGCUCGGUCUCGUUCGGCGCCACGGGGCGGUCUGCGCCGGCGUCGGUGGCGGGGUCGGUGUCCUCGCCGGCGCCGAGCACGAUGACGUCGCCGUCGGCAGGGAUCGCGGCGUCGAGCGCGUACCAGGCCGCGCUGGGGAACGCGCUGAUCGUGGCGGCGCACGCCGAGUCUGCGGGCGGGACGCACGGGGACCUGCUGCAGAUCCUGAACCACGAGCAGCACCCGUGGGGGUUCUCCUACUCUGCGUACCCGCACCGCGUCCGCGUGUGGUACGGCGACCGGGACGAGAAGAUCGCGGAGAACGCGGUGCUGUGGAUGGAGCGCGCGAUGGGCGAGGGCCGCUGCGAGGUGAAGGUCGUCAAGGGCGCGGACCACGGGCUCAUGUACCGCAGCAGCGUUGUCAUCGAGGUGCUGGAGCGCGUGCGCGAUUUCUGGGCUGACGACGACCCUUAGCGCGACCCCCCCUCCCUCCCUCCCUCCCCCCCGCGGGUCGACCUCCUCGACGCCGCACUGCUUUCGCCCACUGCUGUUUAUCAAUUAAAAUAUCCUUUUAUUACCGCUCUCGG